UAUUCCCUCCCGAUUCUUAUCUUAUCAAAACCCUAAAAAGCGGAUCAUGGCAACGUCAGAAUCGAAUCGAUUUUCUGGAAAUCGACCAAGUGAGAAUCAGUCAAAUGAUUGCGAGACCGAACCUGACCCUCGGAUCCGGAGAAAAUGGGGACCUAUACCACAUAUUCCGGACAGGCGUGAUGAAAAUUUUCAAAAGUUUUUUAAUCGUUGCCGUGAAAAUCCACGACCAAGUGAGAAUCAGUCAAAUGAUUGCGACUUCGACUUCGAUGAUGUCGAACUCGAACUCGACCCUCGGAUCCAGAGAAAAUGGGGACCUAUACCACAUAUACCGGAUAGGCGUGAUGAAAAUUUUCAAAAGUUUUUUAAUCGUUGCCGUGAAAAUCCAAGACCGAUUACAAUUCCAAUUCCAACAAUUAUUCCGCGCGAGAUUGAGAGUAUGGAUCAAGAGUCUAUUAAUGGACCGGAAGAAACUCACAAACUGUCUAUCACUAUCAUGGAUUGGAGUCGUGUCUCGGCGAAAGACUUGUUGUUGUUUUUGAAUCCGUUUCUGUCGGAAGGUGGACGCAUUUUGUCUGUGGCUGUCUAUCCAGGAGAUGAUGUCGUCGAGGGCUAUCAUGCAGUUGCUAUUUGUGAUUCGAGUGCUACUGCAGAUUACUUGUACAAAUCUCGUCUUGGAAUUGAGUCUGAGUUUGAGAGAUGCUCAAACAAGCUCCUCGACUUUAAGUUUAUUCCGGAUUCCAUGGAAUUCAUUCAACUUCCUCGUGAUGUUGCAACACAAGAAGACCCUGCUCCGGAUCCGACAAUCUCAGCUCUGGUCCAAGGAGUGCGACUUACGCAACUCAAUCAGCUCUGAAGUUAAAAGGAUGAGAUCCUAAUUAGACAAGACCUGUUGAACAACUCUGAUGCUUGUCUUUUUAUCAGUUUCUGUUUUACAUUUUAUUUCAGAGCACUGGUAUGUUGAACAAACUUUGUUUUCUUUUUUUGUUUUUCUGUUUUAAAAAACAAGUUAACAAUUUCAAUCUAUCGGAGUUUCUACUUCCAAUAUGAAUAUUUCAUGGCUGGGACCUGGAUAUUUGUUUUUAGACGAUAUGUCGGAACCGGGGCUACGCAACUGAAAACAAAAAAAAAUGUGGAGUCUCGAGAGAAUAGAACCAAAAAAAAUAAACUGCUAUAUAUUAUUAUUCGUGCAAUUUGGGGUUUUCUCUCUUCUGAAACCAUUGACCA